UCCCAGCUGUGCCACGUCAGGCACAGACCACCCCCCUCUGGCCUCAGUCUGGCCCAUCUCUGUCUAGUGCCUGGCCCUGCUCCAAGGGCAGGUGUCCUUCCUGGCUGCCCAUGCCUUCCACAUGUGCCCUCUGCCCUAGGUGGACGGAGGCCCAGUGAAGACCGUGGUUCAGCGGGUGCGGCCUUGCUCCCUGGACAGAGCCACGCAGAAGCUCAUUGAGAACAUCUUCAGCAAGGAUAUGUUCGAUGAUGCCAUGGCCAGCAUGAACCUGGGUGUGAAGAAGAUGCCCCUGGAAAAAUUCAGCAAGAAGCAGAUUGCCCGGGGCUUCGAGGCCUUGGAGGCACUGGAGGUGGCCCUGAAAGCCCCCACAGAUGGUGGCCGCAGCCUGGAGGAGCUGUCUUCCCACUUCUACACUGUGAUUCCCCACAACUUUGGCCGCAACCGGCCCCCACCCAUCGACUCCCCCGAGCUUCUUCAGGCUAAGAAGGACAUGCUGCUGGUGCUGGCCGACAUCGAGCUGGCCCAGACCCUGCAGGCAGCUCCCGAGGAGGAGGAGAAGGUGGAGGAGGCGCCACACCCACUGGACCGAAAUUACCAGCUCCUCAAGUGCCAGCUCCAGCUGCUGGACCCAGAGGCGCCAGAAUACAAGGUGAUCCGCACCUACUUAGAACAGACUGGCAAGGAUGACGGGUGCCCUGCUCUUCAACAUGUUUGGACAGUGAACCGAAAAGGGGAGGGAGGUGGCAACAGGUGGCGCCAGUGGACUCCGCGUCUGCGCAGGAACAAGAGGUGGGCCCCUGGGGCAGCCAUGUCUAGGAGUCAUUUUGGACAGGGGAAGAAGCCUCUAGAUACGUUUUUCUGGGUGAACGAGGUAACUGGAGAAGUCACCUACCCCUCACGGAAAGCAGAUGUACCCGCAGCUUCUCUUGGGAAGCCCCAAGAGAGGCCCGGAUCUCAGCGUGGGAGCGUGCAGGGGGCCCCUAACAGUGCCCAGGGCCGGGCCGGCUCACCUGUACAGAAGGCUGCCCCUCCAGCCCUGCCCAUAGCUUCACUGAGACACGCAGGCUCAAGAAACUCCCUCCCACCUCCGCCGACCCACAGCCUGGCUAAAGCUGCAGCGAGGAGCCCCUCGCGGUUCUCAGAGGUGUCUGUCACCAUCUCACCACCAGGAGGCGCUCCGCCAACAUUCCGCCCGCUUGGACGAGCCGGCCUGGAAUAA